AUGCUCGGAACAUUAAAAGAAGCCUCAGACUAAUCAGACUCUGAAGAUAUAGUAGAUGAAUAAACAAAUAAUUUAAUUGGAAUAUUCAAGGUUCGUGCAUUAAUAGAUUCUGACAAAGAACCUACAGAUCAUCAAGUGGCGAAAAUAUUUGAUGAACUUUAAUGUCCCAUCUGUUUAAGUUUAUUUGAAUAGCCAGUCUAUAUUAAGGAUUGUAGUCAUAGGUUUUGUAAGGAAUGUAUUGAAAAGAGCAUAAGAUUCUAAAGAGAAAAGUCAUGUCCCACAUGUAGAAAAAAAAUAGCAACUAGGAGAGACUUACGUGUUGAUGAGGUUGUGAAUAAAAUACUCAAUACUGUAGUUCCUGAUAUCAAAUAAUAUCGAAUGCAGGAAGAAUUAUUAAUAUAAUAAGAGAUUAAAAAUUUUAGAUAAUAAAAAUAGAAAAAUGAUAAGCUUUAAAAAUUUGUCGCUUAAACCAAUACCAAUCAAUCUUGCAAUAUUUAACUCUGUGCUUAAAAUUAGUUGAUCAACCAAAUUGAUAAAAAUUUCAUCAAAGCUCCUCUAAUCACAACGGUUGCUGACAUCAUUCAAUUAAUAGGAUACCAAUUAAAUCUACCAGAAGAAUUCACAAAUUACAUCGACAUAUUUAUAAAUAACGAAGUUUAGAAUUAAAUGGAUAAAACUUUGGCAGACCUGAAUACUUAAUAUUGGGAUAAGAGAGAAGAUUAAUAAAUUUACAAUCCUAAUGAUUUACAUCAAUAGAACAAGGCGAAAGUGAAUAGAUAAAUUCACUAUUCUAUAGAUAGAUUUUAUCAAUUGUAUUUGUGA